GCUGCCCUCACUCGACGAACUGCACUCGAUCCGGCAGUUAUAGACGAUACGAUACGAUCCCAUCCGAUCCGAAUCCGAUUCCGAUCCGAUCCGAGAACGUAAUUUGUCCGUUACAUUCAACAUUCAACCACUACGGGGAUUGUUCACACAGUUCGCGUAAUUAACAACGCAAAGUAACUACGAUUUUCGUUCGACUUGAGUGACACUCGAAACCGUUGAAGCAAUCGCGAACGUGUGCCUCUUUGUUAGAUAUCUAAUAAUUCGACUUUUUGUUUUUGUGUGUUGUUCUUGUGAUUAUGUCAAGUGCUGAGUUUGGGCAACCUGUAACCCAUUUAUUCUCUACCUGAUCUCGCGCUCGCGCCUCAAAAGCAUUAGUCAUGAAAACUGCGGCUACUUUUGAAUCACCGACAGCAGCAAUAACAAGCAAUAACAACAACAACAGCCAAUGCUCCAGUGGCGUCCCCAGAGCAACAAUAAAAAACACAGCGAUUCAUGAAUAACCCCUGCGAAUGCCGAAUGCCAUAAACUGUUUACAUUGCUCACAGCAUUACUCACUCACUCUUUCACCUCGCUCAACCUGAGCGAAGAAGAGGAAGAGCCGGAGGAGUUGGCGUUGGAGAGGAGUGGAGAUUGGAGUAGAAGAGUGGAGAUUGGAGAGAGGAGCAGAGCAGUGGAGAUCGCAGCCGCACUAGUUGCCAUUACGUGAGCAGAAAGCAAAUAAACAAGCGAUUUCGACUUCCCCACCACCACCACUACCACCCAGAUCCCAAGUCCCGCCACUGCCCAUUCUCCCCUCCUGACCACUGAUAACGCGCCCAUCAGUGUGGUGGGACACACGACUGGGACGGGAAGAGGAGAAGAGAGGAGACUAGAAGAGAGCAGGGCACGGAGAAAGCAAUUGGGCCAAGAGUAAGGAGAGAGCGAGAGAGCCCUUGCGAUCGUUAGAAUCGCCGAGGAUUACCAAAUCGCAAAACCAAAUUCAGCUAGCAUGAGUGAUGAGACAACUAUUCGCCUGGAGGAGGGCUAUCCCCCACUGGAGGCGUUGACAACGAUGGCUCCCCCAACGGACGCGGCGGGUUUCUCGCAGUCGCUUUUGACCUUUGCCGCGGUCAUGACCUUUCUCAUAAUGAUUGUCGGCAUAUGCGGCAACCUGUUGACAGUGGUGGCCCUGCUGAAAUGUCCCAAGGUGCGCAACGUGGCGGCUGCCUUUAUCAUCAGCCUCUGUAUUGCCGAUCUGCUCUUCUGCGCCCUGGUGCUGCCCUUCCAGGGUCUGCGGUUCGUCCAAGGAACCUGGAACCAUGGCCAGGUGCUGUGUCGCCUCAUUCCCUUCAUCCAAUACGGAAACAUAGGCGUAUCCCUGCUGUGCAUCGCAAUGAUCACGAUCAAUCGGUAUGUGAUGAUCACGCACCACGGGCUUUAUGCCAGGAUCUAUAAGCGCCACUGGAUUGCGGUGAUGAUCGCCGCCUGCUGGCUGUUCUCCUACGGCAUGCAGCUCCCAACGCUUCUGGGAGAGUGGGGACGCUUUGGCUACGACUCGCGCUUGCAAACCUGCUCCAUUAUGACCGACGACCAUGGGCACAGCAGCAAGACGACGCUGUUUAUCACCGCCUUCGUCAUCCCUUGCCUGGUUAUCAUUGCCUGCUAUGCCAAGAUCUUCUGGGUGGUCCACAAGUCGGAGCAGCGCUUGAAGCGCCAUGCCACCAAACAAAAUUCCAUACCGAACAACCUGCGACCCCUGGCUACUACGGGAUCAGGAGCCCUGCCCUCCGGCGCCGAGUGCCAGCCCAGCAACCGCGUUUCCUCGGACAGCAGCAGUAGCUUCUCCGUCGAUGUGCCGGAGACGGCGCCCAGCGGCAAACAGCAGCCAACCCGAGUCAAGGAUCAGCGCGAGGUGCGCGCCAAGCGGAACGAGUGGCGCAUCACUAAGAUGGUGCUGGCCAUCUUCCUAUCGUUCGUCGUCUGCUACUUGCCCAUCACCAUUGUUAAGGUGGCCGACAAGAAUGUGGAGCACCCCAGCCUGCACAUCUGCAGCUACAUCCUGCUCUACCUGUCGGCUUGCAUCAAUCCGAUCAUCUAUGUCAUCAUGAACAAGCAGUAUCGCAAGGCCUACAAGACGGUGGUUUUCUGUCAGCCCGCCCGUCUUCUGCUGCCCUUCGGUAAGCCCAAUGGCGCUAGCAGCGCAGCAGAGAAAUGGAAAGAUACCGGGUUGAGCAACAACCACAGCCGCACAAUCGUCUCCCAGAUGUCGGGGGGAACGGGAGCGGCCACGGGAGCAGGGACGCCAACGGGAACGCCAACAGCUGUGGCGGUGGUGCAGACCCCAGCGGAAAUCCAGCAAACCCAAGCACUGGAAAUGCUGUCGCGGGGACCCGACCUAAUCAGCAAAUCGAACCUACCGCUACCGACCGUUACGCCUCCGCCUCCCUCGGUCCUCACAGCGACGCCCAACAGCAACAGCAACAGCAACAGCAACAGCAACAGCAGCAGCAGCCUCAGCCUGCGACUGCCGCUCAAGAAGAACAAUCACUCCUACACCAACAGCGGCUUCAACGGCAGCACUCCCAGUCCCAGCAGCGGCCUAUCCUUGGGGAUAGGGAUCAGCAGCAGCUCCAUUUACCGGCCCGGAGUUGGCUCACUGGGGAGCGGCUCCGCCUCGAUCCGUCGCAUAACAAUGGUGGGGGACGACAUAAUACUGGAGGAAGAGGAGCUGCCGCCCACGCCUCCGGCGACUUCGGCGCCGACAACGCCGGCUCCUCCCCCGCCCUCAUUACCAAUGCAUCCGCUCUCCACGGACUCCACAACAAUCAGCGGCGGAGCAGUGGCAGCGGCAGCGGAAAGCAGUGCACAAAAGCCGACGACACCGAAGCCUCACAUCUACAUGAAUGUCGACAGCCCGAAGAGAAACCAAUACUACAUGGAACGUAAUACAAAUGCCGUAGCAUCGGAAAGUGACUCCGGUCCGGCCAACACAUCCGCAACCGUCUCCAUUUCCGGCUCCAAGCUGACGGCUAAGAUGAAAUUCCCAAAAGACUAACGAAAUGCUUUAAUUCCAAAAUCAAAACAAAAAACUUGUAGUCCUUGCGCUACUUUCGUUAUAAACACAAAUUUGCCAGGAAUUGUAGAACGGGAUAUCGUAAACGGGUGGCGAAUAUUGUAAAUUCUUCCCCUUACACAAAAAUCAGAUAUUUUUCACGAAACUCCAACCCUAGAUGGCGUUUUAAUUCAAUAUCGUAAGAAGUUGUUUUAUACAAAUUAGUUUAUUCUAAGAAUUGUGCCAUAGAUUACCAUUAGAUUCCGUCAUUUUUUCUCAUUUCAAAGUGGAUUGUAUAUCGUAUACCAAAUUGUAAGCUUUACCCAGCUAAAAAAGUUUGAUUAUAGUCAAUUUUACUUUUGAGUGUCCCUUUACUUUUUGCCCUAAUAUUCAUAUUCCGCCCUAUAUCGCAUAAGCCUAAGCAUGGAUUUUCAAUUAACCCCCAAAAUCCCUACGCAUAUUACUACUUAGUAAUAGUUUUAGUUUGUAGAUAUUUAUGGUCGCUCACGCUUAGUAUUAACCCAUUUUUUUCUACCGUAUAUGCUAACUUAACCGUUAAAGACACCAUAUCGUGGCUCUAUAAGACGGUAAUCCUACUGGGAACCGAGAUCAUUCCUUUCCCCACUACUUUCCACACAAACAUUCCAUUCCAACGUAGGCCUGUGUAAAUGAACCUAUUGUUAGUCCCACCACCACGAUCAUUCGAAAGACCACAAAAGCAAAUCGAAUAUGAAUAUAAACAUAAAUGUUUACAUAAAUAUAA